AUGGUUAUCGUUGGUUUAAAGCCAACGCCUAUCUCAGUGUUGAUCAAAGCUUUGAAUAGCUAUCGUUGGUCUAAAGCCAACGCCUAUCUCAGUGUUGAUCAAUGCCUCUAUGCACUGAAGCCGAAAACAGCUAUGGUGAUGGCCUCUCCAACGAAACUGUCGUACGAGGUGAAUGUGAAACGAUAUUUGAAAAAAUUACCCAAAUAUGAGUUAAUCUUCAAGAACUCAAUCUUCCCGUUGACCCCGAAUGCUCUCAUCUAUAUCACCGCUUUGAUGGCUUUGUUGUACUCACUUGGUGUCUCCCCGCUCAACACUCCAAUUGAGUUUGUCAACGAGUUUGCCAGCACGGCGAUCAGCUCUUCACUCACCUCUCAAAUGAUUUCCUUCACUUUGGUGAUGUUGCCCACAUUGAUCACUUUCGUUUUCCUCGUUCGCCUCUCGUUGACAAUUAUGUUGUACUAUCAUGGAUGGCUUUUCGAGGAAAUCGGCAAACCGCCAAGCCUAUCGACAAAACUAUUCUUGCUCAUCAUCACAACGAUCAACAAAAACGCGAAUUUCCUCUCGUACCGUAACCUUCUUCCAUGGCUACCAAUUCCAAGCCUAAAGAAUACGAUUCCAAAGUAUCUCGAAUCAGUUCAAUCAUUUCUCUCAAAAGAACAAUACGAUUUGAUUUGCCAACAAGCGAACGAGUUCGAGAAAAGCGGAGUCGCUUCACAGUUGCAGAAUAAAUUGUGGAUGAAGUGGAUGAUCAGUCCGAAUUGGGUAAGCGACUGGUGGAAAGAAGUGGUGUACAUGCGGGGACGAGACUCGUUGAUUUACACGAAUGUCGCCAGUGCGGAUAUCAUUUUUAAACAACCAACGACAAUCCAAGCGGCUCGUGGAGCGGUGACAACUCUUCUUCGAAUUCAUUUCCUUCAUGAGGCGCAUGAGACGCAAAAGAUGAAACCAAUUGGUCUUGGCCCUAUCCCAAUGUGCCCCACUCAGUACAUCGACUAUAAUCGCUCAUUAAGACAUCCAAAACACACAAGUGAUGUAAUGGAACGUUUGCCUGACGCUAAACACAUUGUCGUCAAUCACAAUGGAGCUUGGUAUAAAGUCCCGGUUUACACCGGAAAACGCUUGCUUCGAGCUGCUGAAUUGGAAAAAGUUCUUCAAAAUAUCAUUGAUCAUCCUCAAGAGCCAGUGAAGGGAGAAGCCUAUUUGGGCGCUUUGACCGGUUGCUCUCGGGAUUUUUGGGCUGAAAUCAAGGAAAAACAUUUCACGAAAGGAAUUAAUGGAGCCUCGGUGAGAACGAUUGAGACAGCUUUGGAUGUAUUGUAUCUCGAUGAUGAAGUUCGGGAGUGGGAUGAGAAUGACAUCACCAAAUAUGAGCGCGAAUAUCAACGAACUCUGACCGGUGAUGGCUACAAAUUGUGGUGGGAUAUACCGACUUGCUCGAUUGUUUCGAAGAAUGGACGAUUCACUUCAAACGCCGAGCACUCGGUCUGUGAUGCGUUAAUCCAUGUCCAUGUCAGAGAGUAUAUCAAAUAUCACGAGGAAUUCUCGGGACAUUAUCAAGCCGAUGGGCAUUGUGCUGGAUCGAUCGAUACUGUUCCCUCGACUGAGCGACUUCACUGGGAACUUGAGCAAGAGAUCCUUGACGCCGUCGACGAAGCAUUCGUCGUCUCAAAAGCCGCCGCUGACAACCUUGAGAACGCCGCUUUAGUCUUUUUCGAUUACGGAAAAGAUUUCAUCAAGAAAGCUCGCGUUUCUCCAGAUGCUUAUAUUCAAAUGGCACUACAAAUGGCUUAUUACAAGGAUCAAGGUCGUUUCGAUUUAACUUAUGAACCAGCUGUGAUGCGAAUGUUUCGCGAUGGGCGCACGGAAACGGUUCGUAGUUGCUCGAAUCACAGUUGUGCUUUUGUCAAAUCGAUGUUUGAUGGGAAAACGACGCCGACGGAGCGAUUAUCUCUUUUGAAAGUUGCCUGCGAUCGCCAUCAGGACUAUUAUCGGAAUGCAAUGGCUGGAAAAGGAGUGGAUCGUCAUCUUUUCGGCUUGUACGUAGUCUCGAAAUACUAUGAAAUCUCUUCUCCAUUCCUUGAAAACGUUUUCUCGAUGAGCUACGCCCUUUCCUCAAGUCAAACACCACAACAUCAAUCGGUUGAGUAUUCGAAAGUGUUGAAUGGGCAACGAAAUCUUUUUUGGCCAGCCGGCGCCUUUUGCUGUCCCGAUGGAAGUAAAUAUGGAGUUUGCUACACCAUUGCCACCACGGGCGAUCUCCUCUCAUUCCACAUUGCUGGUCGGCGGGAAAUGCAAGAAACGAAUUGUUCUCGUUUUCGGAAACAUAUUCUUGAUUCGCUGAAAGAAAUGCGAGAAAUGGUCGAGUUGGCGACGGAGAAGACGAAAAUU